AUGACUCUGUCGUCCCAUCCGCUGUACGUCUGGGUCCUGAACCACGUGCUGUAUCGAAGCUUUGGCCAUCCGUUAAGCGUUCAACUGCUUGCACUGAGCUCACUAGUGCUUCUACUGAGUUUCUCAUUGUUCUCAUUAGCUCCAUGGCUGGAUUAUGAAUCGCAACGUCAUGUAAAGACAUUUCAACUGGUGUCUGACUCGUUCGCAAUGGACCAUUUCGUGGUGUUUGUAGCCAUCGUCCCGCUUGCGAUUUGGCUGCUUUUGGUCAAUCUCGCGUACUCAAAAUUGACUUGUGCGUUGCUACUUUUACGAGCCGCCAGUUGCCUCACCGUGACCUUCGCUCUCACCGUGUUUUUAGCCGAGUUUUUGUCUAGGAGAGCCAUGCUAGCGCUAUUGGCGUUGGUCUAUGCCAUAUUGGGGCUUGUGUACUCGUGGAGUGUGCCAAUAUGGAGAUGGUAUCAGGAAGAGGCGCGCACCAAGGGAUUAGUGAGCUUCCUGCCUCAGUCCGUGCAAAAGCUGUUACUGCAAACUUCACUAUUGGAAUGGCUCACUGAUACUAGUUUUUUUGAUAAGAUGGCUUUGCUUCUACCGUUUUUGUUGCCUUUGUCAAGGGCAGAGCAGAUGAGAUUAAUGGAGCAAAUGCCCCCAAAGUCUCAAGUCAUGAUGACCAAGCCGGGUCUACUGCCGUUGCUACCAGGUUUAGUGCGAAGCAUUUUACUACCGGUGCAGGAUAGUGACAGUGACAACGACAGCGACAAGAAGGGAGAAGAGACUGACGCAAGUGAGGGAAGACUGGCUGGUCAGGUGAAGACGGAUAGGGUGAGCAGGAUGGAGCAGAAGAAAGUGUUGACCAGCGCAUCCUCAUCGACAACGGGAUUUGAUUUCCAUCGACCGGAUGUAGUAGAGACUGUACGUACGCCACCGUCGCGUGAACAAGUUUUUAAUGAGAUUGUGGUGUCCCGGAUGUGGAAUGGGUGUAAGGAGCUCGUGAAGGUGCCGACUUCGAAGGUAUUAAAUCGCACGGCGGCAAUGUCGAGUGCACUGCUAGUGAUGCAGCUGUAUGCAUCGCGUAGAAGUCGAAAGAUUUUCUUAACGUUUAUGCACUUUACAGCAGCGUCGGCGCUGAGCUCGGUUGCCUGUUGCGCUAUUUUCUUGCGCUUCGUCCAGCUUUUGGAUGUAACAUGGACCUCGAGGCGUGCGAUGCCGUUACUAUGCUAUGCGCGACAAUAUUUGUUACGAAACGCAAGAUCACCACAAAUUUCUGAUCAACCAGUUCAUGGUGUUUCUGUAACGCUGCGUUCGACAGCUUCGUCGGUCUCUUUGCUGGUUGCUGCACUGUACAUACUUCGCAAACUACGGCGCUGA